AUGGCUAAAACUAUUCAAGAUUUCAACAAGGACGACGAAGAAGUGAGUUUUAAACUUAUCCUAAAUAUUUAAUUGAUUGAUAUUUAGCUUUGCAAAGAAGCCAAUAAAUUUGUCAGUGUUUAUUACGAUGUUUUGGAUCGGAAACGAGAAAAAAUCUCUUUUUUGUAUGCCAAUGUCGCAAACUCGAAUCUCGUAUGGAACGGAAAUCCUGUUGAUGGAUAUGAUAAUAUCUGCAAGUGAGUUGAUGGUUUUUUCUUGAGAAUUCAAAAAAUAAUCCGGUUUUUUUUUGCAGAUUCAUGACCACAAUUCCAGCAACUCGACACGAGAUUCAUAGCAUUGAUGCUCAAAGAUUUCCAGAAAAUAUGAACGGCGAAUUGUUCAACGGAAUUAUUUUACAUGUUGCUGGCGCAGUUUCUUCGGGCGAUGACGGAGAUCGCGCAUUCACACAAACUUUGGUCCUUUGCGUUGAAGAUGAGAAAUACAGAAUCAAAAGUGAUCGAUUCCGUUAUAUUGAAUAA